AAUAAGUGGGUCACUGGAACAUAACCAUACAGCAGCUAUCUUCAUACGUCAUCGUCGUCGGAUAGAUGAGGUCACCAACCAAACCACCGGAUGGACUGAUCCCGCAAUUCGAGGAGGAGGAAGAAGAGGAUAACUUUCCAGGGAACCAAGGACUCAAAGUACGAGAACAACCAGGUAAAAUGGAAACUGUUGAACAAUUAUUGCUGAGUGAAUUCAACACAGACAUAAUGAACAUGAAGAGUAUCUCUUCGGAAUUCAAGGAAUGGGCUUCGUCAGAAUUUAAAAAAAACAAGGUUUCCAGAGCCGAAUAUGAUAAUUUCUUAGAAUUAGUUCAAAAAUUAGCAUUGGUAAUCGUGAAAGUAGAAACGAGAGCAGUUACUAUUAGCCAAAUAAGUGAUACUUUAGGGCAUCCGAAAAUUCAUGACUCAUUACAGGACAUAAGCAAAUCUGUUCAGGAAAUUAAAAAUAAAGACAGGCCUAUUACUUACGCAGACAUGAUACAACUACCGAAAAAAGCUACUUCAAGCGAUCCCCAGUCCAAUAAUCAAGUCAGGAAAAUCCUUCCAAAAGAACAGGUAGUCUUAAUUAAACCCUCAAAUUCCACCGGUAAUGAGAAACAAGACAGUGAAAAAAUAAAAGGAACACUGAAAACCAACAUCGCGAGAAAGGAUAACAUUAAAAUAAAAAAGACAGUACCCGUUAGAGGAGGAGGUUUACUCAUUGUUCUGGAUUCUCUAGAGGACAAAAAGAAAUUAUUGAAGAAUAAAGCUGUGAAUAAUGAUCAAAUCAAGAUAACUGAGCCCCAAAAUAAAAAACCCAGGAUAAUUGUUUAUGAUGUUCCAUCUGAUCUCACUAACAAAGAGGUAACUGAAGAAAUAUAUAACAAAAAUUUUGUCAAUUCAGGAAUAGAAAAACAAAAAUUUGAAGAAGGUUGCAAGCCAUCAUUCAAAUUAGGGCCGAAAAACAAGGAUUCCGUGCAUUGGGUAGUAGAAUGUGAACCCGAAAUUAGGAAAGCAAUAAUUAAUAAGAAAAAAAUAUUUAUAGAUAUGACAUCAUGUAGAGUUAAUGAUUAUCAUGCAGUGCAAAGGUGCUAUAAAUGUCAAGUCUAUGGGCACAUCACAAAACAUUGUAAAAAGGAAGAAGAUAUCUGUGGUCAUUGCUCCAUCACAGGGCACAACAUCAAAACCUGCCCUUCAAUCGAUAAACCUCCAGUAUGUUUUAACUGCAAAAGAGCUGAUAAACCCUCAGACCACAAAGUAAACUAUCUAAAGUGUCCCAGCUAUGUGAAAGCAUUGCAACAAUCAAUUGAUCGAACAAAUUAUGGAAGUGCUUAAAAAGAUUAAAAAUAGAAUUUCCAGCUCAAAAUCAUCAAAUAAAUUCACAGCAUCAAAUAUAAAAAUAGAUAUUCAAGAUUUCCUAUCAUCUAUUAAAAAAACAGAAUUAAUAAAACAGUCAGCGAAAAGUAGGACGUCUUUGAUUUUCAGCUUUGGUCAAUAUACAGAUUUUAAUUUAUCAUUAGCUCGCUGGAAUAAAAAUUGUUUACGUAUUUCAGAAGGCGUUGCACAUUCAAUCAAGAAGAAAACGCUGAGUCAAGAUGAAUACAAUAGCUUACCUACUGUUUAUUUACGGAACGUAAAUAAUAGCUCAAUUCGUUUUCAUCUUGUUAAAAAUUCAUUGACAUUGAUAUUAGCGCAAAAUAAUAACAAUGAGGCUCAAUUAGGUAUCCGUGACCUCUUACUGGUAAUAGACGAAUAUGCAUCGAUAAAUAAAUACAACAUUACGAUUGGAAUAGAUUCUUUUGAUAUUGACUCCGAGUUUACAUGCUUGGACAUUUUAAGUUUAGUAAUUAAAACUAAAAACCUGAAUUAUGUAUUCUAUUACAGAGGAAUAAACAAUCUAAAGUUCUUGGAUAUACCACAUGAAAACGAUGGCUCUGAAGAUUGUCCAAAAGGAUACCUACCGUAUGAUUCUAUUCUUUAUGCUUAUUUGAACAGUAUGAUAGAACUCAGGAACUUUAUUCAACAGUAUGAUGUUCUGAAUGCGGAUUUAUAUAGGGGAGUACUAUCAUCACUGAAUAGUAAUAUCUCUUCUUCAGCAGCAUGUAUUCAAGAGAUAAGGCGAAACGAGAUGAACAUCUACGACAAUCGACUUAAGACUUUCCUGUGGCCGACAUCCACUACAUAUCGAAUGGGCUUCUGUUUAGAAAAUGAAGGAAAAUACGUACCCUACAAUGAAACAACAAAGUCAUUCUUAACUAAGGAAAAGUAUAUUCUAGUCAGUAGAGACACCCAAAUCAUGCUGAAUGCUGAGCUGCUGAAGAAUAUUCUAAAAGUUGACAUCACAAAUUGUAAGAUGCCAAAAAUAACUUGGAUGGAUGGAGUUCCAGGGUGUGGUAAAACUCACUUUAUCCUUCAGCAACAUACACCAGGUAAAGAUCUCAUUUUGUGUCAGACAAGAGCUGGAAUAAAUGAAAUUAGGCAAGAGGUGAAUAGAAUUCACAAAAAUAAAUAUGAAAGAAUAAUUAAACAGGAUUAUAGAACAGUUUCAUCUUUUAUAAUAAACGGAUCAAAAAAGCAGUACAAACGUGUUUUCAUAGAUGAAGCAGUAUUAAUGCAUGCAGGUUUCGUGGGAUUUGUCUCAUCUCUCGCUGGUGCUUCUGAGAUUAUUCUGCUAGGAGAUUCAAACCAAAUACCUUACAUAGAGAGAAGUAAAUUAACAGCUGAAUGGUCACACAUUUCAUCUCUCUGUGAGAAGAGAAUCCAUCAAACAGUAACUAGAAGGUGUCCAAUAGACGUCUGCUACAUCCUUUCCAGCUACUACCAGGACAUUAGUACGAAAAAUGAGGUCCUGUUAUCCGUCAGACCUCCAAUAACAAAUGGAGAACUUGGACCACUUGAACCUAACACUCUGAUUCUUACAUUCACUCAGCUCGAGAAGAAAACAGUGCUAGAAGAGCUGCAAUCAAAACUUCACCCUUCAGUUAAAGUCCAUACAAUUCAUGAAGCACAGGGCUUAACUCACAAGAAUGUAGUUCUGAUAAGGAACAAUAAAAAACAACUUGGAAUAUAUAACAGCACACAACAUGUAAUAGUAGCAAUGAGCAGACACACACAAACCUUCAGAUAUAUCACAACAGGGCAAGAAGAUUUAGUGCUGACCCUAAUUCGAAAACUAAAGGAUGUUAGUGAAGAGUUUCUCUUAAGCUGGAAUGAAAGAAACAUGGAAGGGAUUAAUGAGAGUUUAAAUAAUGAGUAACAACAACUUAUCAAAUUUGCUCAGCUUCGAGGAUCUUGAUUAUUUUGAAGAAAUAAACGAUGAAGUGAUCAACAA